AGGGUCCAAGAUUUCACAUCAUACAAGAUCCAAGAUUGGAAAGAUGAAGACAAACACAGUCUUUCUGCUCCUGGGUGUAGUUCUGUGUCUGGCGCUGGUCAGUCAAGCUAAGGUAGUAACAGUGCCCUGUGAUCAGCCUCAUGCAGAAUUUCUAAGCUGCGGCAUGGCUUGUCCAGUCACAUGUGCCAAUAUCGAUGACCCACCCACAUUUUGUAAUAAAAUGUGUGUAUGGGGUUGCUUCUGUCAAAAGGACUACUAUGCAAACAGCCACCAUAUAUGUGUCCGAGCAGAAGAUUGUAGAUAAACAUCCUGUGCGCAGUGGGUGUGGCCAGCUAUGCUGAUUCAG